CUCUAUUUAUGAGGAAGGCCAGCCAAUGUCGGGAUCGCACCUUAUCAUCUGAUGUCAGAUCGUAGGUAGGUCAACCUUCAUUUCUCUAAACAUUAUAAAGAUUACAGAGGGCAGUUCCACUGAGCCAGAACAGACCGCCUUGUUUGAGUGCGACAUGACAUAGUGGAUGCCUUCAAACAUACUUAAGCACGCACCAGGACUACACUUGAGACUUCAACACCACUGACGUGAAGUGGUGAGCCUUUCAGAGGCAGAAGAGAACUUUCUUUCUUUCAAACUAUCGCAGAGAAACUGAAAAACUAUGUCUGCAUUAGGCCUUGAGAUAGUUGGAAUAACUCUCUCGGUUCUUGGAUGGAUUCUCUCCAUCGUGUGCUGUGCUCUUCCUAUGUGGAGGGUCACCGCAUUCAUUGGAACCAACAUCAUCACGGCUCAGGUGUACUGGGAGGGCAUCUGGAUGAGCUGUGUGGUGCAGAGCACUGGACAGAUGCAGUGUAAGUUCUAUGAUUCCAUGCUGGCUCUUCCUCAGGACCUUCAGGCAGCUCGGGCGCUGACAGUAGUGGCCAUUGUCCUGGGCGUCCUGGCACUUCUACUCUCCAUGGUGGGGGCCAAGUGCACUAACUGCAUCGAGGAUGAGGGGUCGAAAGCCCGUGUGAUGAUUGCUUCUGGUGUCACCUUUAUAACUGCCUCUAUCACACAACUCAUUCCCGUGUCCUGGUCGGCCAAUACCAUAGUUGUGGAAUUCUACAGUCCGCUCGUGCCUGAGUCCCAGAAGAUGGAAAUAGGAGCCUCACUGUAUCUGGGCUGGGCUGCUGCAGCCAUGCUGCUGAUAGGAGGCUCCAUUUUGUGCUGCAGCUGUCCACCAAGAGAAAGCGACACAAAGUACAACCCGCCAACUCGAAUGGCUUAUUCAACCAACCGUUCAAUGGCCCCCAGCUCGUACACCAGGAGAGACUAUGUUUGAAAACAUCACAACAGCAUUUCAGCAUUGUUCUGGUUAUUUUUUUGUCUGCUGCCUCGGGGGAAGGACAGUCUAGCCAUGUGAGCUCAGGUGACCAAAGCUGGGAAUGUUUUACCUGGAGUUUGGCUAUUACAGCCCAAUACACAGACAUUCUCAAGGACACUUUGAAGUGAAUAUUUAUUCCUAUUCUGAAGACUCUCUUUUUUUGUUUCCUAAUCAAAUCAGUAGCUGCUACCACUCCAAUCUUGGUACAAUAUUUGAUGAAAAAAGCGAUAUACAUUCGAAAAAAUAAUUCACAUAGUUUCUGAUAGUAAAUUAACAGAACAUUAAUCUGUUUUACAUCCUCUUAACUUAUUAUUUGAAGUGUUUUCUUUUUAAGUUGAGUCAUUUUUACAGUGUACUGUUUAAGAUAUGGUUGCACUGUAUAUCUUUGUAUAAAUUUAGAGUAGGUCAGUUGAAGUAGAAUUUAGACUGACUAUUUUGAAUGUAUUCACUCUUAUGUUUGGUGUUACAGUGUCACAAGAUGUUUUCACUUGUCAUAUUUGAUUAUUUUCUCUGAUCUGCUACUUGUGUCAUUGUGAUUACAAUCCACUGUAAAAAAGAGUAAAUUCUCUUAAUAGGUUUUUAAAGUAAGAGUCAUUAUUCAAUCAUGAAAUGAUGUUGAAAUAUCGCUGAACAUCAACCUGCAGUUUUUAUUAUAUUAUAACGUGUCUAUAUUUCAUUUUUAUAUCAUACAAACUCAUUUACCAGCAGAUCUGCAGUGUAAUAUAUCAUGAUCAAUAUAUCACAAUAAAUGCAUAUACUAUA